AUGUUUACAACGAGUAUGGAAACAAUGAAGAAAGAUCCUGGGUCAAUGCUACAUGCGAUGUUUUCCGGUAGAUUUGAUUCAAAGCCCGCUGAAGACGGUUCCUACUUCAUUGACCGUGAUGGAACUCACUUCCGGUAUAUCCCGAAUUACCUUCGAACAGGGCAGCUUGUUGUUCCGGAAGACAAGAUCGUUCGUAAAGAGUUGUUAACUGAAGCUGAGUUUUACCAAGUCCAAGGAAUCAUUGAUGAGCUCAAAGCCAGCCCCUUUGAAGAUUCCAUUAUUUUGUCCACAGAGCACUGCCAAACCUUGACGGGGUCCUUGACCAGUUGGUUGAAACACACGCUGACAAGUGCUGGCCACACCUACUCCCUGAUAUAUCGCGCCUCUCUUAAUGGCUGGGCAGCCUCCAACUUUCACUCUUUCUGCGAUCGCAAGGGACCAACUGUGGUGGUUGUCAAAAGUGGGAAUUAUAUCUUUGGAGGCUACACAGAGCAACACUGGGAA